GACACCUUCUCCGCCCCUAGCCAGAAAGUCCUCCAGGAAUGAGGCGAAGAAAAAAGUCACGGAGGAAGAUGAAGCCACACUCAGGGAGCUACUCAUUAGGUGGAAGAAAGCUGUACUUCUACGAGUGAUCUACUUCAGGCAUACCUUAAAUACGCUUUUAAAGAGCGGCUUAUAGAAAGGGAGCGUCAAUCAAGAUUUUUACGUCGCAUCUCUAGCAGGAUACCUAAGGUUGUUGCUCCACUGUAGUUAGGGAACACAGCCAUGGUAUCGAUGCCUCCAAGUCUGCAGAAGCAGGUCAGCGUAAUGAGCAUGAACCUCAGCGCGAAGCUCGACGAGCUUCAGCGAGGUGACCGGCAUCUGGAGACUACAGUGGCUCUUUGCGAGAUCCGGACUCAGCUCCAAGAACUGACCAAGUCGGUGGAGUCAUGCCAGUCCGAGGUCUCGGAGGUCAAGAGGGACAUGGUGGCCAUCAAGCACGAGCUGGACACGGUCCAGCAGGUGAAGGAGGAGAUAGAGGAGUUGCGGGAGUACGUGGAUAGGUUGGAGGAGCACACCCAUCGGAGGAAGCUCAGGCUCCUCGAGCAGGGUCUGACCUUCUUCCUCACCUACGCCAUAUUGGCAGCUGUCCUCGGCAUGCUACAGUUUGGCUACAACACAGGAGUGAUAAAUGCACCGCAGAACAAUAUAGAGUACUUCAUUAAAAGCACCUAUCGAUCGAGAUAUGGAGAGGAACUUCCAGACGAGGCUGUUAGAGGCUUGUACUCCAUAGCUGUCUCCAUAUUCGCGAUCGGUGGGAUGCUGGGAGGCUUUGGAGGGGGGAUGGUGGCCAAUAAGUUUGGGAGGAAAGGAGGCCUUCUUCUCAAUAAUGUACUGGGUGUGACAGGCGCUUGUUUGAUGUGGUGCACCAAAGCUUCAAAUUACUACGAAAUUUUACUUUUAGGCAGAUUUAUAAUAGGAGUCAAUUGUGGACUGAACACAUCUUUAGUACCUAUGUAUAUAUCCGAAAUAGCACCUUUGAACUUACGUGGUGGUUUGGGAACCGUCAACCAGUUGGCUGUCACUGUCGGCCUCCUCAUAUCCCAAGUAUUAGGAAUAGAGCAGAUCCUGGGCACCAACGAUGGUUGGCCCCUUCUGUUGGGGUUGGCCGUAUGUCCUGCCUUACUGCAGCUAAUACUGCUACCUAUCUGCCCAGAGAGCCCCAGAUAUCUGCUGAUCACCAAACAGUGGGAGGAAGAGGCAAGGAAGGCACUAAGAAGAUUAAGAGCUAGCAAUCAUGUGGAGGAAGACAUAGAAGAGAUGAGGGCUGAAGAAAGGGCUCAACAGACUGAAUCAUCAAUAAGCAUGAUGGAAUUGAUUUGUUCUCCUACUUUGAGAGCUCCACUUAUAAUUGGCGUUGUGAUGCAGCUUUCUCAGCAACUUUCUGGAAUCAACGCAGUUUUUUACUAUUCAACAAAUCUAUUCUCGAACUCAGGGCUGACUGAAGAGAGUGCUAAGUUUGCAACCAUAGGUAUCGGAAGUAUCAUGGUCUGCAUGACCUUGGUGACGAUCCCUUUGAUGGAUAGGACGGGCAGGAGGACUCUGCAUCUGUACGGUCUGGGUGGAAUGUUCAUCUUUUCUAUUUUCAUCACCAUAUCGUUCCUGAUAAAGGAGUUUUUUGGCUACGUGCAGGAAAUGAUAGACUGGAUGUCCUACUUGAGCGUGGUCUCGACCCUUAGCUUCGUCGUGUUCUUCGCCGUUGGUCCUGGCUCAAUUCCUUGGAUGAUAACGGCUGAGCUCUUCUCCCAAGGACCUAGACCGGCGGCCAUGUCUAUAGCAGUGCUGGUAAACUGGAUGGCCAACUUCUUGGUCGGCAUCGGAUUCCCAAGCAUGAAUGAUUUACUCGACAACUAUACUUUCCUUCCGUUCAGUUUUUUCCUUGCUAUAUUCUGGAUUUUCACUUACAAGAAAGUUCCAGAAACCAAAAACAAGACAUUCGAAGAAAUUCUUGCACUCUUCAAACAUGGCAAUGGAAGAAUGAGCUUUCGUGAUAGUCAGUUGUAUGGGAGUAUGCUGAAUUGUGUGAAUGCUCUUGAAUCUCAUAUACCCGUCAACGAACAAGCUGGUCUAGUUAUAGCAGAGGAAAAAAUUGAACGAGAUUCCUGUGAAUCAGGUUCGGAGACCUCAAGCCGAACAGGCACAGGGGAUGGCAUCUGCAGACCACCACCGCCACUGCCACCACCACGGUUUCCAAACAGCGCUGUUUGACAAUGGGAAAACCACCUUAGUAUUGCCGAUUUCGCACUUUUGCCUAUCCCAAACCCAGUCCGAGCGCUCGAAGAGUACCUCCUAGACGUGAUCUCCGAACGGAGCCGCGCAUGCGCCGCGUUCUUGCGCAAUUCCCUGAACAAACCGGAUCGCGUGUACAGCCAGAGUGCGCGCGUGCGGCCCUGAAUAAGUCGGUAGUGCUCGAACUUCAAAGUAGUUGAGAUUAGUAGAAAUUGCCGAACACAAACUAUUACUGCUCAAAUUCAUACGCAUGUUAUCUAUAAAAAAUCCUCCAGUAACCUCCGACACCGCGCAAAGACGAAAUGAGGAACAAUCAAUCAUUAUAUUUAGUAUUUUCAACAUUUGAUGAAUUUUUUGAAAGUUUCGAUCGCAUACGUGGGCGAAGAGGCAUUUACUUAUAUUAUUUUUUCGUCAAAUUCAUCACAUACUUUACCAAACCAAAAUUCCAUAGUUUUUGGAUGAUAUUCAAGGAAAUGAACAAUACAAAACUUGAAAUAGAAGCAGAGCAAAUAAGAGAAAAACAACCAAUUAGGUAACUAUUUUAUUGUUGCAGUAUCUCCCCCUUAUUUUCAAAAUUUAUAACAGAGGGCACUGAGAAUUAACUACAGUUGAAUUCGAAACAGGAAACUCUAUAUACAUAAAAAUCGUUGAUAUCUGAAUUAAGUAAGUAUUUAAGAAGGGGAGUGCAAAUUGUCUCUGUCAUGUGUUUGAAAAGGGGAAGAUUUUACGAUGAAAAAUAUUAAUAAUAACCUUCAAUGAAACGUGCUGUCAUCGUCGACUAAGUUGUGCGACACUGAUGAAGACCAACAAAUCAGAAACCGCUUUGCCUGCUGCUCUUUAGACCAAUGUCAGCUCUCAUUUCAGUUCACUUUUUAAAAAAACUCGUUUAUAAAAGUAUCUACAUCAACACCAAAGUUUAGAGUACUUUUUCUGUCCAAGGUACAUGCAAUCUCCUCAAAGUUUUCUCUUUAUAGCGGUCAAUUAGAGACCGAUGCUUCAUUAUGAGUAAAAGAGAAUGAAUUCUGAAUUUUACUUUUCGUAAAAAAAAAAACAUUUCAUGAACAUUUAUUGAUUUUGAAAAGGUGUCGGUAAAAUUCGAAUUAUAUAAAAGAAUUGCAAAUUUAAAAUAAUAGUCAAUUCAUUUAUAAUUCUUAUUGAGGAUAAGUGAAGAAGCAAGAAAAAUGAAAAACAUAGGCGUAACCUGUCUAUUUCAAUCUGAAAUUCGAAAAAAAAAAUUUUCUGUUUAAAAAAUUGACGAUACUAAAUGCCUCUGAGCAACACCUGAAAUUCGUUUGGAACCUAAUUAUUCACUGCCAUCCCUAUUAUAAAUGUGCGGAUAGCCCAAAAAACGUAAAUAUUAUAAUUAACACUCUAAUUUAAAAACAAAAAUGACUUUUGUUCUUGAAACAAUUAGAAAAUCAAAGUUUCGCAUUCGUGAGUGAAUUGUUCAAACAGCAGUUAUUGAGUUUGGGUUGAGUUAAUUUUAUUUGUGUUCCCGAGUGUGAUUUGAAAAAAUAAACAGGUGCUCAAUUUUGACUAGUGCAAUCAUUAUUGUUACGAUUUUGUAGAUUUUAUUUUACGUUGAUUAUUUGAAAAGGUUGAGAAUUAACGUGUGGAUACUUCCCAAAUAGGAAUAUGGUGUUUGAAGAUAGUAUAUUUUAUGUAUAGGUAUUUAAUUUUUUUUUCUAUUUUUUUAUUUUCUUUCACUUUUUUUGCUACAUUUUCAUAAUCAGCUGGUACGGCUUCAUAAUUUACUGUUGAUAAUGCAGGAUUCCACCAUUAUUAUGUUGAAAUAAUGAUCAACGCUUCGACAUGCACGUUUUGGGAAAUAUCCACCGUUUUGAACUAUUACUAAUUCAUUAUUCGAAAUACUGAUAUGUACAGCAUGUAACAUUUUCUAGUGGAUAGAUUUCAAACAGUAUCUAACCAUAAUUUUAAACAGAAACUGCGCAUAUAGUUAUAGGCGAAACUAGUGGUUUUGGAGAUAAGUAUAUGGUCUCCGAGACGGGGAACAUUUCAAAUAAAUCCGAUUCGAAGGGGGAGUGGAGCUAAAUCUGUUUCAAAACGACUAUUAAAAUGACAAUUAGCAAGUAAGGUAAAGAGGCUUUUCUCUGAAUUUGGUAUUUCGUCACUGGAUGUACCUCAUUCCAGGAAAUCUGAGAAUGAAUCUAUUUCGAUAAUUUUUCCAGAAAUGGAUGUAGCUCUCGAAUAUCAUUGGAUAAUAAUAGGUGAAAAAAUUAAUCAGAUGCUAUUUAUUAUACACAAUGUCUACACACAUUCUUUCAAAACCAGUUUCUAAUGGCUCUAACAUUCUUGCUUGUAUAUUAUACUUUAGUUAAGCAUUUUUCGUAAUUUUCAAGGAAGCUCUAUAAUUUAUUUUUGAUUCUUGUUAUUCACCGCUAUGACUUUAUUCAGAGGGAAUAGUGCUAAUCGAUAAAAAAAAGAGGUAAUCAUUGAUAUUAUACUCAUAUACACAUAAUUUCAGAUUUCUUACAUUAUAUAUUCCUCAUUUCUUCACAGCUGUUUGAUUUUGAACAUUACAAUUAUAUCAUCUUGAAUGAAGUGUAUAAUGAAGACUUGACAAGAUGAAAUUGAUUACAACAUCCUUCUGAGAAAAGCCGCAAGUAAAAUUUCACAGCGUAAUUCGAGAUAGAGAAAGCAAAUGAUUAUUCUAAAUGUAAAUACUGUUGAAAAUAAUUUUAAUCGUAUAUUGUGCGAAUGCGAGUGUGAAGAGAGCAAUUUUUUGUUGAGCAGUUUAUAAACAGUUGAUUGAAUGUCUGGAUGACGGCCUUCAAUGGUAAUAUCUUGGAUAAAGUCGUAGAUAUUUUGAAUAUAACUUAUCGAAUGGUUCUUUCCUCUGUUACUUUAUUUCUGAUCACUUGGGGUUGAGUCAUGAAAAAUUAAUAGAAAAAUGGUAUAAAAUACUAAUCAUAUUGUAUGUUGAGUUCAUUAAAUCAAUUUUCUCUGAAUAAUUGUUUCAAUAUUCUUUUUGUUGUAAUGAUUUAUUGUAAUAAUUUAUUUCUAUACCACUGUGACGAAGUUUGCCUAACUUUGAAGUUUAUUCUUCAUUAUGAACCAAGUGAAUCAUUUGUAAAAUAUCCUGGACGCAAUAAAUUCUAUCUCUAUAAGAGUUA